AUGAGUCUCCCAUACAUUUGCACAAGCUGUCAUCGCAGCCUGAAGCCAUCCACAUUCAACAAUGCCCCUUUCAACAGGCUCUAUAACCGCCCAUCCUUCGCUCCGAAGCCCGUACCCAACCUGAAGCACAUCCGCCUGAAUCCUGGACUAUAUGAACAGAAUUGCAUCGAUCGCAACUACGCGCCAUACGCGAUGAAUGGUUGGAAGGUACUGGAGCUGCAUGAGCGCAUGGUGGAGCAGCAGAGGCAAGCUGUCCAGAUGAGACAGAGGAGCAAUGCGAUUGGCAAAGAAGUCGGACGGCAAGCUGGUGCCGAUGAUGCAAGCCGGCAAACGCUGUUAGAGGAAGCGAAGGCCUUGAAGGGACAGUUGAGUGGAUUCGAGAGCAAAGAGAAGGAAAUGCAGGAAGAGAUGGAGAGAUUGGCGUUGGAGCUGCCGAAUCUGAGUUCUUUGCACACUCCUGUUGGAGAGGAGCCACAGCUGCUGGGCAUGAUCAAUGAGAACCAGAAGAGUCCUGAGACCGAGUGUGGGAAGAGCCAUGUUGACAUUGGGAAAGAGCUUGACAUACUAGACUUCGAAGGCAGUGCUACUACCAGUGGAUGGGGGUGGUAUUUCCUGAAAAAUGAAGGGGCCCUUCUGGAGCAGGCUCUGAUUCAAUACGCCUUGUCCGAAGCCAUGAGCAGAGGUUGGAAAGUCAUGACUCCACCAUCACUGGUAUACUCACACAUUGCAAGUGCAUGUGGAUUCAUGCCGCGAGAUCAACAUGGCGAGACCCAGGUAUAUGCCAUUGCGCAGCACGAUUCGGAGUCAUCGGCGGAUAAACCAAGCCUGGUUCUCGCGGGCACUGCCGAGAUACCUUUUGCAGGAUCGCAGGCGAAUAAGACACUGAAGGCCGAUGAACUUCCCUUGAAAGUGAUCGGUCCCUCGCGAUGUUAUCGCGCGGAAGCAGGUGCCCGAGGAGUCGAUACCAAAGGCCUAUAUCGUGUUCACGAAUUUACAAAAGUCGAAAUGUUCGCGUGGACGUCACCGCCCACAGACUCCGAAGGCGAUCGAUUUGGUGAUACGGAUAGCACUCAGGGAGAUGAGGUCUUUGAGGAGAUGGUGGACUUACAAAGAGACAUUCUCAACAGCCUUGGGCUACACGCCAAGGUCCUCGAGAUGCCCACGGCCGACCUUGGCGCCAGCGCAAUGCGCAAGAUCGAUAUAGAGGCACACUUCCCUUCUCGUACCUCCAUCAAUUCCGGGUAUGGUGAGGUCACGUCUGCAUCAAUGUGUACGGACUACCAAGCACGUCGCCUGGGCACAAGGCUCAAGCUGUCCGGGUCAGGCAAGAUAAGCUGGCCACACACCAUCAACGGAACCGCAAUGGCAGUACCUCGCGUUCUGGCGUGUAUUCUUGAGAACCAUUGGAACGAUGCUGCGGGUGUCUUGCAGGUGCCCGAGGUUCUCAGGAGAUACAUGCCGGGCAAUAUGGAAUCGAUCCAGCGGAGAGAAUCUACAGGGAAGAAAUGA